AUGUUUUCCACUGCACCAUACUCAACUACUGCGACCACACCUUUCUCCUUCGCGCUAGCUCAAUCUCCCGAGUUCGGAUCCAAAUCCGAACUUGACCCAGUUCCACCUCUAACCCUGCUCUUCGGCAUCAGGGAACAACCUGACUACCCCUUCUGCG